GAUGAUGUUAAAUGCCCUUGCAUCAAGACUCCGCCACAUUUUGCUUGGCCUCCGACAUACAGCCACCACCCGUAGGACCAUGUAAAUGCAAGCCUGGUGAUGGUAGAUGCCCUUGUGUCAAGCCUACGCCACCAUCCACCUUGCCUCAUACCUACAAGCCACCUGCCAUAUGGCAACCAACUUACAAGCCACCACUCACAGGACCAUGUAAAUGCAAGCCUGGUGAUGGUAGAUGCCCUUGUGUCAAGCCUACACCACCAUCCACCUUGCCUCAUACCUAUAAGCCACCUGCCAUAUGGCAACCAACCUACAAGCCACCACUCACAGGACCAUGUAAAUGCAAGCCUGGUGAUGGUAGAUGCCCUUGUGUCAAGCCUAUGCCACCAUCCACCUUGCCUCAUACCUACAAGCCACCUGCCAUGUGGCAACCAACCUACAAGCCACCACCCACAGGACCAUGUAAAUGCAAGCCAGGUGAUGUUACAUGCCCUUGCAUUAAGCCUCUUCUGCCGUCCACCUUGCCUCCGACACACAAACAACCACCUACUCGGCCAUGUAAAUGCAAGCCAGAUGAUGUUAAAUGCCCUUGCAUCAAGACUCCGCCACAUUUUGCGUGGCCUCCGACAUACAAGCCACCACCCGUAGGACCAUGUAAAUGCAAACCUGGUGAUGGUAGAUGCCCUUGUGUCAAGCCUAUGCCACCAUCCACCUUGCCUCAUACCUACAAGCCACCUGCCAUAUGGCAACCAACCUACAAACCACCACCCACAGGACCAUGUAAAUGCAAGCCAGGUGAUGUUAAAUGCCCUUGCAUUAAGCCUCUUCUGCCGUCCACCUUGCCUCCGACACACAAACAACCACCUACUCGGCCAUGUAAAUGCAAGCCAGAUGAUGUUAAAUGCCCUUGCAUCAAGACUCCGCCACAUUUUGCUUGGCCUCCGACAUACGAGCCACCACCCGUAGGACCAUGUAAAUGCAAGCCUGGUGAUGGUAGAUGCCCUUGUGUCAAGCCUACGUCACCAUCCACCUUGCCACAUACCUACAAGCCACCUGCCAUAUGGCAACCAACCUACAAGCCACCGUCAACAGAACCAUGUAAAUGCAAGUCAGGUGAUGUGAAAUGCCCUUGCAUUAAGCCUCUUCUGCCGUCCACCUUGCCUCCGACACACAAACAACCACCUACUCGGCCAUGUAAAUGCAAGCCAGAUGAUGUUAAAUGCCCUUGCAUCAAGACUCCGCCACAUUUUGCGUGGCCUCCGACAUACAACCCACCACCCGUAGGACCAUGUAAAUGCAAGCCUGGUGAUGAUAGAUGCCCUUGUGUCAAGCCUAUGCCACCAUCCACCUUGCCUCAUACCUACAAGCCACCUGCCAUAUGGCAACCUACCUACAAGCAACCACCCACAGGACCAUGUAAAUGCAAGCCAGGUGAUGUUACAUGCCCUUGCACUAAGCCUCUUCUGCCGUCCACCUUGCCUCCGACACACAAACAACCACCUACUCGGCCAUGUAAAUGCAAGCCUUGUGAUGGUAGAUGCCCUUGCAUCAAGACUCCGCCACAUUUCGGUUGGCCUCCGACCUACAAGCCACCAUCCGUAGGACCAUGUAAAUGCAAGCCUCGUGAUGGUAGAUGCCCUUGUGUCAAGCCUAUGCCACCAUCCACCGUGCCUCAUACCUACAAGCCACCUGCCAUAUGGCAACCAACCUACAAGCCACCACUCACAGGACCAUGUAAAUGCAAGCCAGGUGAUGUUACAUGCCCUUGCAUUAAGCCUCUUCUGCCGUCCACCUUGCCUCCGACACACAAACAACCACCUACUCGGCCAUGUAAAUGCAAGCCAAAUGAUGUUAAAUGCCCUUGCAUCAAGACUCCGCCACAUUUCGCGUGGCCUCCGACCUACAAGCCACUACCCGUAGGACCAUGUAAAUGCAAGCCUGGUGAUGGUAGAUGCCCUUGUGUCAAGCCUAUGCCACCAUCCACCUUGCCUCAUACCUACAAGCCACCUGCCAUAUGGCAACCAACCUACAAGCCACCGUCAACAGAACCAUGUAAAUGCAAGUCAGGUGAUGUGAAAUGCCCAUGCAUCAAGACUCCUCCACAUUUCGUCUGGCCUCCGACGUACAAACCACUUCCCAGAUGGCCAUGUAAAUGCAAGCCAGGUGAUGUUAGAUGCCCUUGUAUCAAGCCUACGCCACCUUCCACCUUGCCUCCGACCUACAAGCCACCACCCACCGGGCCAUGUAAAUGCAAGCCAGGUGAUGUUAAAUGCCCUUGCAACAAGCCUGGAUCUCUUUUCCCCUGGCUUCCAGUUGAUAAGCCACCACCGACAAAGGAAUGUAAAUGCAAUCCAGGUGAUUUUAGAUGUCGUUGUAACAAACAUGCUCCUAAGAAAUUUUUAAAACCACCCUCUGGGGAUUGUAAAUGCAAUCCUGGUGAUGUUAGAUGCACUUGCAACAAGCGUGCGCUACCUUUCCCCUGGCUUCCAAUCUACAAGCCACCACCCGCAUGGCCCUGUAAAUGCAAUCCAGGUGAUGUUAGAUGCCCUUGUAACAAACCCCCUUCUACUCCUAAGAAGCUCUUGCCGCCUACCAACAAGCUACCCCCCACAGGGCCAUGUAAAUGCAAUCCAGGUGAUGUUAAAUGCCCUUGCAACAAGCCUCCACCGACGUUCACCUGGCCUCCAAUCUACAGGCCACCAAACGUUAGGAUAUGCAAUUGCAAUCCAGGUGAUGUAAGAUGUGAUUGCAGCAAACCUCCUCAAAAGAAGUUUUUGCCUCCAGACUACGAGCCAACACCCAAAAAUGAUUGUAACUGCAGCCCAGGUGAUGAGCAAUGCCUUUGCAACAAGCCUUCUUCAGAGGACCUCUUGCCUCCGAGCAACGACCCACCACCCGAAAAUGCCUGUAACUGUAUUCCAGGUGAUGUGCAUUGCCUUUGCAAUAAACCUCCUUCAGAGGACUUUUCGCCUCCGCACAAUGAACCUCCAACCAAAAGUGACUGUAACUGCAGUCCAGGUGAUGAGCAAUGCGUUUGCCACAAAUCUCCUUCAGAGGACCUCUCGCCUCCGAACUAUGAGCCUCCAACCAAGAGUGACUGUAACUGCAGCCCAGGUGAUGAGCGAUGCCUUUGCAACAAGCCUCCUCCACAGGACUUCUGGCCUAUAACUCCAUACAGCGAGCCACUGGACCAAAGUAACUGUAAAUGCAGUGAAGACAAAGAAUAUGUCUGCGCAUCCGAUGGAGAAACAUACGAUAACGAGUGCAAAGCAAACUGCGAAGGAACAUAUAAGCAGUGUGACGGCCAAUGCCCAUGCACAUAGACGAACAGUCACUGUGGAUCGCUGAUGUGAGUGUUUCUCGUCUCUACGAUAUAGAAGGAGUAUAUAAAAGACAAACGGUGUUCUAAACUUUUAGUGAAGGAUUUUGUCACUACAAGUUGUAAAUAUAAUGUGAAAGUUGAA